AUGCUUUCGAAUCCAAAUCUCAAAAGAUUCGUUGUGAGCCAGUGGAAGCCAGCUCAAAUUUUGAUAGUUGAGCAAGCUGGAACAUCGGUGCGAUUUGUUGAGAAUACACCGCAAAACAAAAUGAGUUUCAUGGACAAAGUUAAAGAAACUGCCGUCAACGCCAAGGACGGAGUCACCGGAGCUUUCAGUAGCGCCGGUGAAAAGAUUGGCGAAACCUACGACAGCACCAAGCAAACCGCUUCGGAAACUGCUGAUGCAGCUGGAGACUAUGCUCACGAUGCAUCGAAGAAGGCUGGAGAGACUGCUGACACUGUUGGAAGCAAGAUCUCCAACGCUUUCAGCUCGUUGAAGGAAUCCAUCACUGGAGACACUGCCCACAAGACCGGACAAGCCUUCAACGACUCCAAGGAAACUGCCAAGGACAAGGCUCAAGAAUAUGCUGACGCCGCGAAGGCCAAUGCUGAAAAGGCUGCUGACAAGGCCAACGAAAUUGCCAAACAGACUGGUGAAGAGAUCUCCGAUUCUUAUGAAUCCGCUAAACAACUCGCUGGUGAUGCUGCUGACAACGUCAAGGAGAACGCUGGACACGCAGCUGACACUGCCAAGUCGUACAAGGACAAGGCCGCUGACAAGACCUCGUCGAUGUUCGACAACUUCAAGGCUCAUGCAACCAACUCCAAGGAUGCCGCGGAGAACAAGGCUGCUGACGCCUACAACUCGGCCAAGGACAGUGCCGGAAACGCUUGGGAUGCCACCAAGGACAAGGCUGCUGACGCCAAGGAGGCUGCUUCUGAGAAGGCUGGAGAGGCUUCUGACAAGGCAAAGUCUCUUACCGAGAAGGCUGGAGACAAGAUCUCCGGAGCUUGGGAGGCCACCAAGGAAAAGGCCCAAGACGUCGCUGACUCUUUCAAGGGACAUGCUGCAAUCGACAAGGAUCAUGUCGAGAACAAGGCCGCUCACAUGUACAACCAGGCUAAGCAUGGAGCUCAAGACGCUUGGGACGCCACCAAAGACAAGGCUGAAGAAGCUAAGAAUGCUGCCGGAGAUGCUAUGGACAAGACCAAGGAUAAGGCCGAAGACGCCAAGCACGAGGGCAAGUCUAUGACCGAAACGGUUGGAGACAAGAUCUCUGGAGCCUGGGAAGCCACCAAGGAAAAGGCCCAAGACGUCGCCGACUCCUUCAAGGGUCAUGCAACUGACUCCAAGGACAGUGUUGAGAACAAGGCUGCCGACGCCUACAACACCGCCAAGUACAAGGCUGCUGAUGCUUGGGAUGCCACCAAGGAUAAGGCUGCUGAUGCCAAAGAUGCUGCCGGAGAUGCUUGGGAUAAGACCAAGAACAAGGUUGAGGACACCAAAGACAAGGUCAACGACAAGGCUGAGGACGCCAAGCACGAAGGCAAAUCCUUGACUGAAACUGUUGGAGACAAGAUCUCUGGAGCUUGGGAGGCCACCAAGGAAAAGGCCCAAGAUGUCGCUGACUCCUUCAAGGGUCAUGCUACCAUUGACAAGGACCAUGUCGAGAACAAGGCCGCCCAUAUGUACAACCAGGCCAAGCAUGGAGCUCAAGACGCUUGGGAUGCCACCAAAGACAAGGCUGAGGAUGCCAAAGACGCUGCCGGAGAUGCUUUGGACAAGACCAAGGAUAAGGCUGAGGACGCCAAACACGAGGGAAAAUCUUUGACCGAAACGGUUGGAGACAAGAUCUCUGGAGCCUGGGAAGCCACCAAGGAAAAGGCUCAGGACGUCGCUGACUCGUUCAAGGGCCAUGCCACCAUUGACAAGGACCAUGUCGAGAACAAGGCCGCUCACAUGUACAACCAAGCUAAGCAUGGAGCCCAAGACGCUUGGGAUGCCACCAAGGACAAGGCUGAAGACGCCAAAGAUGCUGCCGGUGAUGCCUGGGACAAGACCAAGGAUAAGGCUGAAGAUGCCAAGCACGAUGGCAAAUCUCUCACCGAGAAGGCCGGAGACAAGAUCUCUGGAGCUUGGGAGGCUACCAAGGAAAAGGCUCAGGACAUUGCCGACUCCUUCAAAGGACAUGCUACCGACUCCAAGGAUAAUGUAGAGAACCGCCACGCCGGUGCCUACAACGAGGCCAAGGGAAAGACUGCCGGAGCUAUCGACGCCACCAAGGAAAAGGCAUCUGAUGCUUGGGAGGCAACCAAGGACAAGGCCGAAGAGGCUAAGGACAAGGCUGCUGACUACUGGGACUCAGCCAAAGACAAGGCUGAGGACUACAAGGACAAGGCCUCCGACAAAGCCGACGACUUCAAGGAGAGAGCUGAUGAAGCCAAAGACAGAGCUCUCGGUCAACCACAUGGUCCAUGGGAGACUGCCAAGGACAAGGCCGGUAACGCUUGGGACAACACCAAGGAUGCCGUCAGUGAUGCCGCUGAGUCUGCCAAAGACAACACCAAAUCUUUCACCGAGACUAUCGGUGAAAAGCUUUCCGAUGCAUGGGAGGCAACCAAGGACAGAGCCGAAGGAGUCAAGGAAGCGUUCACUGGACACGCCACUGAUGACGUCGACUUCGAGGAGCCCACCCAUCAUCGAUAUUUUAAUGCAUUCAGCAACUUUGAAUAA